CUUUGAAGUCGCGCCUGAUGUUUCUUUCAAACUUAAUCAAUUCGGCAAGGCACCGAUUACUAACGUCUUGAGCAAGUAUGGUGUGAAGGACUUGAGAUAAUAUAUAUUACCAUAAAAUCUUUGUUUCAGACGUUAUUGGUCUCGGACCUCCUAUAGAGCCUACUGAAUGUCAUUUAACUAAAUGGCUUUUUUCUUUUAUGGUUCAUCAGAACUCAGGUCUAGUGCGGCCUGCAUCAUCCAAAUGUGUUCCAUAGCCAGCAGUAUUAUGAUUCUACUGUGAUAGUCGGUUAUUAAGAAGGAGAAAGUAACUCUGAAUCAUACCGGGCAAUAACGCUCUUUCUCAAAUCUCGCAUGAAGCUGUUGGACUAUUUAUACGACACACGAAACCUACAAUUUUGCAAAACCAAACUUCUAAACUUCAAAUCAAUCCACCAUGGCAAACUCAGGAUACGUUCACGUAUACGUACCACAGAAGAUCACCCCGGAUGAGUUUCAAAUAGGCAUGAUGCUUCCCUUCACCUACACAAACGAGCAAAUCGCAGCAGCAGUCAUCGACCACGUUAUGAGGAGAGGCGAAGAUCAAACACCAAAGCAGAAGCAAGGUAUCAAGCGCUUCAAAGAUAACGGUUCCUGGAACUUAGGAGCUGGACGAGACAACCUUACAGACUUGAAGAAGUUCUUUGACAUCUUCAACGAUGUCUUCUUCAAUGGUCUUUUGACGGGGUUCUGUCGACUUGAAUUCAAAUCAGACUAUUGGAUGACUAGACAUGCAACAGCGGGAACAGAUGGCUUCUGUGAAAUGAUAUAUCCAGGAUAUCAAUCCGACAGAAGAAUUAGGAACAAAGACCCUGUCGUACUCAUCGCCCUAAACAGCUCGAUUGAUGAGCCGCGUCCAGCUAAUUAUAUGACAAGAUGCUUAGAUAAUCUGGCGCACGAGAUGCUCCACGCCAUCUUUCUUAUAUACGCCCGCCCAAGCAAGUCUGACCCCGGACACCCUCUUGCAUGGCACGCAGCAGCUUACGCCAUCAAGCAAAGAACGAAGACCCGCAACGUGGCAGAUCCCCUCUUGGGGCUAGAUCUGCACUUCAAGAGGCAUCUGUGUAUGGCUAGUGACGUUCAAGAUGAAGGAGCGAAUAUACCUAGUGCUUCAGAACUCCGCAGGGUAGGGCUGAAUAUCAAAAUUAUCCUGGCGCAUUUGUACAAUUUUCGUUCUUGGAGGUCUGUCGAAACAGGACCGAAAAAGUAUUUCAAAAGAAACACGUGCAUUAGAAGCCACUGGACUUUCGACAGCUAGGAGGAGAACUAUUGACGUGCUUUUUUUGGGGGGGGGGGGGGUGGGGGCGAG